AUGAAUUCAAUAGAUUCUGUGGAGUCCGUGGAUUCUCAAGGUAAUCAAAAUUCUCCUUUAAAAUCAGACAUGAUGAAUGAUUUGAACAAUGACGAUAAUAAUGACAAUAACGACAAAUCAAAAAGCAAGAAACCCAUUCCUAUAGAAUUGACUGCUUAUGGUACUACUCCUAGUGGUAAACCUAGAUUGUUUGUUUGUCAAGUAUGUACCAGAGCUUUUGCUAGAUUAGAACAUUUAAGAAGACACGAGAGAAGUCACACAAAAGAAAAACCUUUCACUUGUGGAGUUUGCCAAAGAAAGUUUUCUAGAAGAGAUUUGUUACUCAGACAUGCUCAAAAGUUGCAUGCUGGAUGUGCUGACGCUAUAACAAGGUUAAGAAGGAAGAGUGUGAAGAAAAUUGAUGAGGGUUCUUCGACUCCAUUAACAACUCCUAUGAAUUCAAUGAAUGAGAUAAAUGAGAAUUCUGAAGAUAAGAAAGAUGUGGAAUUCAAUCUUAACUUGUUCCAUAAUAACCAAUCAAUCAAUCAACAGCUACAAAACUUUAAUAAUCAGAUGAAUGAUAAUAAUGGUCAAAAUAAACAAUUUCUGCAUCAAAAGAGAAGUAGUACUUCUCACUUAUCCAAACAAAUCUUUGAUAAGAAAAGACUCAGAGGGGCCUCAUUCUCGGCUCAAUCAGGUGCCAACUAUGCUGCCAAUAUACCUGAAUUCAAUGAUUUAUAUACUGGUACAGAUAAUGUGGAAUUUUCAACUCCUCAAUUAUUACCCAGUUCAGCUUACGAUGAGCAUUCUUGGCUUAGUAAUUUAUCCACUAUACCUGGAAUGACGGAGGAAAUGAACCAUCAUCCAAAACAUGAGGUAGAUCACAACGCUAAUGAUAAGAAACCACACGAAAAGAAUAAAAAAUUAAGUCUGUUCGAAGAUUUAAGGUUCAUGUUGCCCACUGCUACAAUGAAUUCUAAUGAUUUAAAUAAUAAAGACUUGGGUUUUGGCUAUUCGUUUUAUGAUAUACCUGAAUCAAUGAUGGAUACAAACGGUGGUGGUAAUCACAAAUCUAACAAUGGCUUGACUCCCAUCAAACAGGAAUUCGAAGAAGACCAUUUUAAUGAUGCUACCCCAUCAAAAAAUGAUGCCAAUGUUCACGAGAACGAAGAUAUUUUUGACAUUAAUCUCAACUUCAUCAAUGAUAUUGGUGACCUAACUAACGAAAUCGAUGUUAAUUCCAAAUUCAUCCCUAAUGGGUAUUCUUUCUAUGGUGAUUCAGUUUCAUCAUCAGGUUUGGAAAACAGUCCCAACUAUCAAUCACCAAACGUAAAUCCAAAUAAUUUAAAUAACUUCUUGAAUCAAUCACAAAUACUUAAUAUUGAGAACAAUAACAAUGUUAAUAAUUUGAACAAUUUAAAGAUUUCAAACUAUUCCAAGAUCCUUCUAUUCACAAAUAACAUCAAAAGCUUAAUCAACAAAUCAUUGAAUAAAUAUCCUAUCAAUGGUUCAAUCAAUCCCAUAAUACCUUCAAACGAGAAAUUGGAAUUUUAUUUAAACUAUUUCAAAAAUAAAUUUUUGAAUCAUUAUCCCUUUAUUCAUCCUUCGAAGUUGAAUGAAUACGAGAUGAUGAUGAUGACUUCAAACGAAGAUUAUUCUAAUGAAGCAUCCAGGGUUUGCUUACCGCUUUUAAUCGCAACAAUUGGGGCUUUGUUAUCUAACAAUAAAAAUGAUCUGGAACAUUUGUAUGAAGCAUCUAGAAGAACCAUACACAUCUAUUUAGAGUCGAGAAAAAUGAAUAACCAAUCGAAGAAUAACAACCCAUUAUGGUUGAUACAGUCAUUGACAUUGUCGGUGAUUUAUGGCUUGUUUAGUGACAAUGAGAAUAACGUUUUCAUUGUUAUCAGACAGUUGAAUGCUUUGAAUUCGUUAGUUAAAACUAGCAUCAAGGAUAAUAGAAAUUUUCAAAUUUUCAAUAUCAAUGAUCUCGAAGAAAUGAACAGCGAACAAAAUGAAGGGAAUCUCGAACUGAGUAAGAAUUUCAAGGAGUUAAUCAAUCAACAAAGUCAGUAUAGAAUCAUUUUCAUCAUAUACAGAUUGACGAGUUUCUUACUCAUGUUUUACAAUAUCCCUUUAACUUUGAGUGUGAGUGAUUUAAACAAUUUGAAAUUACCCGAUUUGAAUGAUGACAACAUCUGGAAGUGUUACAGUUAUAAAGAGUACCAAAAUUUGAAACAAGAACCCUUAAAAAGUUAUAAUUUCAAGGAGAUCUUGUUGAAAAUUUCCAAAAAUUCGUUCAGUGAUUUCAAUAAUUUUCCCGAAUUAAAAAAUUUCUGUUUGUUCAGUUAUGAUAUAUUGAUUUAUGGAAUUUUUGAAAUCAACCAAUUCAACAAUAACUUAAAUACAGUCAACAUUUUGAACAAUUUAACCAAAUUAUUCAAUAACAAUUACAAUAAUCAACAUAGUUUGUCUGUAGGUGUCAACACCAAUGUGAAUAGUAAUAAUCUAUUCUUGAGUUCAAAUAAUUACCAAUUAAUUGAUUAUUCCAUAAUUGUCAAUUUGGUCAAGAUAUCUUCAAUUUUGGAUUUCAAGAGUUUAAAGCAACAAAGUUGGUUGAAAAAUUAUAAGGAAUUGAUAAAAAUUUUCGAAAAUUUGAUCAAUUCAAUCAAAUUAAACGAAUUUUCUAGAAUAGAUAAAAUUUUAGAUUACUGCUUAGUUAUAUUGAAGUUUUUGAUAGUUAAAUUUGAAAAAGUUGGUGAUAAUAGUAAUGAAUUUAAUGAGGAAGAAGUCAAUUUCGAAAAGUUGAUUGGAAUCGAAUUCAUCAAUGUUUUAAACAAUGAUCCAAACUUGAUUCUUUCCCAAGGGUUGUUCCAAAUAUUUUCAAUCUUAGCUGUAGUUUUAGUCAAAUUAUUGAAGAGUCCUAAAAAUCAAUUCACAGAUUUAUUGACAUCAAAAUUCAAGAAAAUAUUUGUCUUCUGUAAGUUUAUUCAAAUAAACUAUAAUUUGCCAGUAAUCUUCGAAGCACCAACCGAAGAGUUGAAAUUCAAUGAUAUCUACUAUUUGUUAAAUAUUGGAGAAUUAUUAUUGAAUCAUUAUUAUUCAAACUUUUUGAAAUUUUCAAUAUUUGAAAAAUUGUCAAUCAAUUUAUAUCAAAUUAGAAAGUAUUUAUCGGAUAACGAAAAUAAAUUGAAAUGA